AUGGAAGCUAUUGAGGAUGACACCAGUGUAGCAACGGAUGUCAAAGUUCCUAUCCUUGAAGACUUUUAUCGUCAUAUAUACAAUCGAGACUGGCACUUUAUGUGUGGUACAAAGAACUACAAAAUCCUUAUGGACCAGUUUCAUCUUGUAUCUACUGCUUUUCUGGAACUUGAAAGAGGUUAUCAGGAGGCAAUCGAGGACAUUACAAAAAGAAUGGGUUCAGGGAUGGCAAAAUUUAUUUGCAAGGAGGUAGAAACAGUCGAUGACUAUGAUGAAUAUUGUCACUAUGUAGCAGGGCUUUUGGGAUUAGGUCUUUCUAAACUUUUCCAUGCCUGCGGGUCAGAAAGAAAAAAGAAGCAAUCAGUGUUCAGGGUGGAGAAUGUGGUGAAGCAGAAUCCCACAUCGAGUGAGAAAGAGGAGGGAGUGGAAGCUGGACUCAAUAAAUAA